AUGCUAUCCCCGGGUGCUAACGCUACAGGUAGCAUGGCUGGCCCACAUGAAGGAGGCGACCUAGCCGCCGUGCUAAGUGAGCUGCAAUCAUUACGCACGGAUAUUACUUCUAUCCACGACAAGAUGAGCGAUAUUGCCGGCUUUGGUGACAAGCUGGACAAACUAGAAGAACGUAUUUCUGACAUGAACAACGCUGUUACUGCGGUACAGGGAGGCUUUACAUCUCUGAAGCAAGAUAUUUCCGCUAAUGCUACGCGGCUCAACGAGGCGGAGGACCGCAUUGAAUCUGCGGAGGAGAGCGUGCAAAAAACCAUGAAGAAACGCAGCCAGUUCAACGCGGUGAAAAAGCAGUUCGUUGAAGCUGGAUCUUUUCGGGGAUUCCAGCUACAACCAUGUAAGAUGCGGAUCUUCCACAACGGGAAGAUUGUCACUUUCUCUUCACCAGAAGAAGCUGAGAACUUUCUGCAUAAGUAA